UUUUUAAGUGUAUUAUGUUUUUAUGAUUUAUCUAUGUUUUUUUCUUUCAGAACGUACAGAAUAUAGUGAUACCUUUAUUGUAUAAAUUCUACUUGAGCCAUUCUGCAAAAAGUUUUUAUAAGGAUCACAAUAAAUGCCGCUUGGAAUUAUUCAAAACGUUAAGGGCUUUACAAAUGAAUCCACAUACUACAUUGAUAUCUCCUAUAGAGUACUAUUUGGAAAUAUCACAUAAAGCAGCUUAUGAUGUUGAUUUAAAUAUUGUGCAAGAAGCAAGACUCGCAUUAGCCGAAUUGGAAAAAAUUAUACAUCCUAUUGCCCCCACAUUACAAUUACCGCUACAAAGGGAUAGUGAUAGUGAGUUUCUUCUUGAAGAUCAAGUAGAAGAAAUUACUAUUGCUGGUACUGCAACUAAUUCACUUAAGAGAAACGGAAGUGAACAAGAACUUUUUGAGGAAACAGAUGCAAUGUCAUCUACAUGUAAAAGAUCAAAAAUAAUCGUGCCAAAACAUACAGGAACUAGACAGGAUAGAAACAAUACAGAACCAGUCGAAAUAGCCGAUAACGAGAAGAAUUUUAAUGAACAUCAAGCAGAUCAGAAUUCACAUGAAAAUACAAGAAAUUUAUUACAAAAAAGAGAUCAAGUAGACAAUGAACUUACAAAUGUUAAUACCGAAACCGGAAUGGAAUGUGAAUCAGUUGCAUGUGUUACUAUAGAUGAUACGGAACAAUGCGAGUUACUUGAAGAUUCGCCACUUGCAGACGAAACAGAUAAAAUAUUAGGAAGUUCUCCAAUUGCUGAAAAAAUGCAAAAAAAGAUAGCAGAAGAGGCAAUUCAGCAAGAAGAAGAAGAAUCAGAUGAUAACCUAGAGACACUUAAACUAUUCAGUGAUAUUUCAUAGACUGUCCUGUUCUUAAAAAUUGUUAUUAGAUAAAUUUAUAUAUAUAUAUAUUUAUAUAUUUAUUUAUUUAUUUUUGCAAUAAUAGUAUAUUAUUAAAAAAUAAAAAGUGGAUGCGAAGUUGUUUAGCCCAUGAAUGGUAUUGACGGUACAGGCACCUUUGAAA